AUGGCAGCAAUAUGUGUGAAGAAAUUUCGAAGUUUAUUAAUAAGAAAUGGAUAUAUUUUUGAAGAUGUUCAGAAACAUGGGAAUGAAAUAAAGAAAUUGGUAAAAUAUGGUACACCAUCAACAUUACUUCGUAGAAAUAUUCAAUCAGAAUGGUGGGAAAAUGUGGUUGUUCAGAAUGAAAAUGCCUUCCCUGUUGAAAAUAGUUGUAUUUUUGAAUCUCAGAAUUUGGAAACAAACAACAAUAGAUUAAAGAUUAUAGACAGUCAGACCCCAGAAAAACAAUUAUACUUAUGUAGAAGUGUCUCAGAUGAUUUACUGGAGCAUUAUUUACCAACAUUACGUAUCUUAGAUUGCCAUCUACCAUUUAGUUUAGUUAGUACUGGUAAAUACUAUGAUAGUCAUUCUACAAUCAAACACAAUCAAAGUAAUGAUCAUCUGUUGCAACUAUCAAUAGAAAAGACUAGUUUAGUGUUACAACAUUUUAUCUCGUCUAGUAAUAUGUUCCAAUCUGUAGAUAAAUGGAUGGUAGAAAGAGUCCGAUGGUGGAAAAAGUAUUUUAGAUUACCUGGUAAUGUAGUUACUAAUGAUACUAAAUCUGAUAGUGAUGAACUGUUAACCAGAGAUAUAUGUUAUAAAUGUCCAUGGGGUAAUGAAGUUAUAGAAAGUAUACGUAAUUUAGGAGAUCAACCAUUGAUAGACCUAGAAUUACGGACAGGACAGAAUUGCAAGGGUAAAUGGAAAAAGAAGUCUGCCUUACCACAUAUAUUACAAUUAGAAACAUCACUAGAAAAUAGUAUGACAGCGUUUUUACUAGAUAGUUACGAUGAAAGGGAAAUUUUUUCUACCGCAAAAUCUGAUGAAAAACAAGAAAAAUGUUUACUGUUAUUACAUAGUCAUCUAGCACCAUAUAAAGUUGCUGUGGCUACUCCUAUCAAUAGAACUAGACAAGUUAGUUUAAUAGCAGAUCACUUUAUGACAGAAUUAAGAAAAACAGGAGUCAUGGUGUUUAACACUUUACACAUUGAAAAUAGUACUCAAGGAGCACAGUUUCAACAAUAUGAUGAGCUAGGAAUUCCUUACACUAUAGUUUUAAAUGAACAAACAGUAGAAAAGGGUAUUGUUGGGUUACGAGAUAGGAAUACAUCCACAAAGGAACAAUUACACAUGACCAAUGUUAUAGAAAAAUUAUUAUCAUAUAUAAAACCAUUAUAGUACGGAGUGAAUAUUUUUAGCCAAUGGUAUUUUUUUAAAUUUUGGAAUUUCAAAGAAUAUCUAUAUAUUAGGAAAUGACAAAGCAUCUUAAAAUGGUAAAUUAUCCCAUGAACACAUCGGGGUCUUUGGCCUACUUGACUCUCAGCUGAUCUUUUCCAAUUCCUAUAAUUUUCCAUACUGGGGUCCCUGUCUUUUGUAAGAGUACAACUAUAUCAAUUCUAGACACAGUAACUUUUUUUUGUCUAUGGUAUAAUUUGAAAAAUAAAAACUUCAGUUGUAUGCUUUUUAUUAUACUUUGAACAUAAGAUGACACAAAUGAUAACCUAUUUAUAUAAAGAAAUCUACCAUGUGAUAGAAAAUCUAUCUGAAACACACUGCAUGCAAUAUAAAACUAAACUACAGCUGCUGUUAAAUUGAAUGAUAGAAAAUAUUAAGAGGACCUGUUCAUAAUUGAUGUUGAAGUAGUUGUAACAAAUAAAUUUCUAAACCAAUAUAUAAAUGUUUUUCUUGAUAGACCCGUACUCUAUUUCUUUCACUUAAAUUUUGAUAUGUCUAACACAUCGGUCUGCAAGCUAGCUGCACCAAAGUUGUACGGAAAUAUUAUAGGGACUUAGAAAUAUUUACAAAGUUUUUGGCAAAAUAAUUGACUUAGAACAUGCACCGAUAUUUUAUGGAUGGAAUCUGUUGCUUAACAGUAUGUGGUUUAAGUAAACAUAUAGAGUGGACCUUCCCUGGUCUUCUUUGAAGGAAGUCAAAUUAUCACUAUGCUGUUAUUGGAAUCAAUAUAAUAUUAAAUGCUUCAGUGAAGAUAAUAGGUUCCAGGGCUUCAAAGCAUGCAGUUUGACAGAGAAUGAGCAAUGUUUAAAGCAUCAAAUCAAUAGUUGAUAUUUGACAGAACAUAGAACCUUAAAAAAACUAAAAUCUUUAUUUUUAAAAUGAAAAUCUUAGUGCAUAAAAGAUCUUUUCUUGCAUAACAUUAUACAUGUAUACAGUUUACAAUUUGUAGCAUAAUAGGUUCAUAUUAGAAUUAAAUUCAGUCAACACUCAGAUCCCAACCAUGGUUGGUUUUAUUGGGCUUAUGCAUUUAUUUCUUUUUGCAAUCUAAUGAAGUGAAUCAGUGAAACUUUUAAUCUGUACAACAGGCACUUUUAGAUCUGUUACUGAAUAAAAUUGGGGGAUAUAAGAAAGCACCUAACACAGAGAAAACCUAAACCACUCAUUAGAUCUCCGAUUUGAUCCCUUUCAUGAAAAUUCAUUUACCCAAACAUAAAAUCAAGAAAAAAAAUAAAGUAUAUACAAAUCUUUCAGAUUUAAGACUUCUAUCCAUAUUGAAAUGACACAUAUGUUACACAAGUGGUGAUGAAAAAACAACAUGCCACAUAGACAAAGCAUAACAAUAAUGGAGUUGUUCAGUUUUCACAGUCAUACUAAUGCUACAUAGCAUUUCCAUUCCAUUUCCCUAUUUUCAAUGUCUCAAUAACUUCUAAACAUGAAGAAGAUCAAUUUUUAAGCCGGUAGACUUAGCUUUUUCCCCUUCAACACU